AGCCGUCUACCCAAAAUAUCCCGGUGUUGGUGAUAGUUCCAUUGCUGCUGGUCAUAUUACUAAUCAUAGGACUGGUGACUGUGAUUUGGUUUUGGAAAUUUAGGGGUAAAAGACCAAUUGCAAAACAUGUCGAGAAAAUCCGCAAAAUACCGGAAAAUAAGUGUGCAGAAGCCGUUCCUGAAGAUACAGCACAUCUUUAUGAAGAAACCCAGCUGAACGAAAACGAAAGUAUAUACGUGAACAUGGCCAGUACUUCGUUUAAGUUAAAUCUGCAGAAAUACGUUUCUGAGAAGAAACAGGAAGUGGAACCAUUUAAUGAUGAGUUCUUGAGACUACCAAAAACCUUACCACUGCCUUAUACUGAAGCAACAAAACCUGAGAAUGCAAAGAAGAAUCGCUAUAAAACGAUACUGCCUUACGACCAUUCACGUGUUAGGCUUCAACCUGACGAGAUAUCCUCUUCAGAUUACAUCAAUGCAAACUUCAUCAGUAACCAGCGUUAUAUUGCUUGUCAAGGUCCUACACAAAAUACGGUGAAGGAUUUCUGGCGGAUGGUUUGGCAAUUAAAAUGUAACACUAUAGUCAUGCUAACUGACAUUAUGGAGAAUGGAAAGAUUAAGUGUGUGCAGUAUUGGCCAGAUGAAGAGCAUACUGAGUUAUUUGGUUCCAUCGAAGUUACACAUAGCAACACUAGCUAUCAUUCAACUCAUAUACACCGAACAUUUAUUAUUUCUAAGACAGGUGUUCAUCAAAAUGAAAGAUGGACAAUCGAUCACUUCUACUUUAAUAAAUGGCCAGAUCAUGGCAUUCCACGACACACAGAAUAUAUCUUAGAAUUCAGAAAUAUUUUAAGGUUCAGAGAAGCAACAACAUCAUCAUUGGUCGUACAUUGCAGUGCUGGUGUUGGUCGUACCGGAACUUACAUUUGCAUUGACAUUCUUCUAAAUGAGAUGUUGACUGGUGAAUCUGUUGAUGUAUUGGCAUGUGUCACGAAGCUUCGGGAGGAGAGGAUGCAUAUGGUCCAGAAAAGGAUACAACUGGAGUUUAUAUAUGAUGUUUUAGUCGAGAACAUUCUCACCGGAGAUUAUGACAUAGAUGUGAAUAAUAUACCAAAGGAAUUCUCUAGAAUAACGGAAACAGGUCCUUCUUGCGAAAAAGAAUUUCUUGUUACAAAAUCUCCAAACGAAAACGAUGCUCUGGAGUUUUUGAGGUGUAUGCGCAAAAGAGGUUACCUAAAUAUCGUAGCAUUUGAUUCAAGCGAGGUAAAACUACAGAUAUUUUGUUUUCAUACUAAAGUUGUCACUAACUAUGUCAUUGUUUCUAAUUUAUUGGUAUCCAAAUUGUUAUAA